AUGGAUUGGCAACCGCAAGAUGAGCCAUUGAGGCAGCUGGCCUGCUGCCUCCGGGACUCACUGAAUGGCCAGGACCAGUCGAUUCGCAAACAGGCCGAAGAGGUACAAUGCUCUCUCAAGCUACCUCCUCCCCCGACUAUGUCAACUACAUCACCUAUCUUUUUUCCACCCCGCAGGCCCCCCCCCGCUGUGGGCAUGGACCCUGCUACUUACGCCGUGGUCCGCUUCGCUGCGGCCAUGAACAUGAAGACCAAGCUCUGCAUGGCCUUCCGUACCAUCAACCAACACAGCCUGAACUUCAUUCGGUCCGCCGCCCUCAUCGCGCUGCAAGACAACGACCGCCAAGUCCAACGAGGUGCCGGAAGCAUCAUCACUGAAGUGGUGCAGCAGGGUGGUCUACUGGCUUGGCCCGAGGUCCUCCACGAGCUGCUCGGGCUUGUCGGCAAUGUCCAGGGCAAUGUUUCCCAGCCCGCACAAGAAGCCGCCAUGGCGGCUUUGUUCAAGGUCUGCGAGGACAACCGCAAGAUUCUGGACCGCGAUUACCAGGGCCAGCGCCCUCUCGACGUGAUCAUUCCCAAGCUGAUGGAGUUCACUUCCCGCGAAAGCGCGCGUGUCCGAUCGCUCGCUCUGAGCAGUAUCCAUGUCUUUCUUCCACACCGCUCGCCUGCCCUAAUGGCUUCCUUGGAUCUUUUCCUUUCGCAAUUGUUCAACCUUGCCGGUGACCAGGACACCGAAGUGCGCAAGAUGGUCUGCCAGUCAUUCUCUCAGCUGGUGGAGUUCGCGCCCGAGAAGCUGAUUCCGCACAUGGAAGGACUCGUCAACUACAUCAUCAUGCAGCAGCAGAAUCAGGAGGAUCCCGAGCUCGCCCUGGACGCUGCGGAGUUCUGGAUUGUUGCCGGGGAGCAACAGCGUCUGCAGCAGGCGCUCGCCCAAUACAUGCCGAAGAUCAUUCCUGUCUUGCUUCACAACAUGGUGUAUGAGGAGGACGAUGUAAUUCGCUUGAUGGCCGACCAGGAUGAUGCCGAGACCGAGGACCGCGCCGAGGAUCUUAAGCCUCAGUUUGCCAAAACAAAGGCCGACAAAAUGAACGCUCCCAAGCAGUCUGACGGCGCCAAUGAUUCUGCUCCCCAACAGGAGGAGGACGAAGAUGACCUGAGCGAGGGAGAAAUUGAGGACUCUGAGUUUGGUGACGACCCCGAGGACGAAUGGACUCUUCGGAAGUGCUCUGCUGCCGCGUUGGAUGUCUUCUCGAACGUGUACCACGAUCCGAUCUUUGAGAUCAUUUUGCCCUACCUCAAGGAGACCUUGCGUCACGAACAGUGGCCCAAUCGUGAAGCGGCCGUCCUCACUCUGGGUGCUGUCGCCGAUGGAUGCAUGGAUGCCGUCACACCUCAUCUUCCGGAGCUGGUGCCCUACCUGAUUUCUCUCCUCAACGAUGCCCAGCCUGUUGUGCGUCAGAUCACCUGUUGGUGUCUGGGACGGUACUCCGAAUGGGCCUCCCACUUGAGCGACCCCGGCCAGCGGGUGCAGUUCUUUGAGCCCAUGAUGGAGGGUAUUCUCCGUCGGAUGCUUGACAACAACAAGAAGGUGCAGGAGGCUGCCGCGUCGGCGUUUGCCAGUCUGGAAGAAAAGUCAGACGACAGCCUUAUACCUUACUGUGAGCCUAUUCUUCGGCAAUUCGUUCAGUGCUUCGGCAAGUACAAGGACCGCAACAUGUACAUCCUCUACGACUGUGUUCAGACUCUUGCCGACUGUGUCAUGACUGAGCUGGCCAAGCCCAAUCUCGUGGAGAUUCUUAUGCCUGCCCUCAUCGAGCGUUACAACCAAGUGACCGAUCAGUCUCGAGAGCUUUUCCCCCUGCUGGAGUGCCUUGGAUACAUUGCUGGAGCUUACGGCGAUGCCUUCUCGCCCUUUGCAGCCCCUAUCUUCCAACGCUGCGCCAAGAUCAUCUACCAGAACCUUGAGGAGUCUAUUGCGUCUGUGAACAAUGACGCUGUGGAGGAGCCAGACAAAGACUUCCUGGUCACCAGCCUGGACCUGCUCAGCUCCAUUAUCCAGGCCAUUGACCCUCAGAAGAGCAGCGAGCUGGUAGGCCAUUCGCAACCGCGGUUCUUCGACCUGCUUUGCUACUGCAUGCAGGACCCCAACCACGAGGUCCGCCAGUCUUCCUAUGCUCUGCUGGGUGACUGCGCGAUCAGCAUCUUCUCUCAGCUUGAGCCCUUUAUCCCGAACAUCAUGCCCAUCCUUAUCAAGCAGCUUGACCUGGACCAGAUUCCGGAUGACGACCGCCACACUGGUUUUAGUGUGUUGAACAAUGCUUGCUGGUCGUGCGGUGAAAUUGCCGUGAAUGAGAAGGCCACCCUGGGCCCUUACAUUGAGAAAGUGUACAAUGGGCUGUUGGCUAUCAUCAACAACGAAGAGAUCAUUGACUCUGUCAACGAGAACGCAGCCAUGGCUCUCGGUCGUCUUGGGCUCUGCUGCGCGGACCUCAUGGCCCCGCAUCUGAGCGAAUAUGCUUCUCCCUUCCUGAAGUCGAUGAACAAGAUCGAUUUCACCCGCGAGAAGGCGUCUGCUUUCAUGGGUUUCAACGCCGUUGUUAUGAAGAACCCCCAGGCCAUGGAGUCGAGCCUGGCCGACUACUUCCAGUCGAUUGCUUCAUUCCCCAGCAAGUCGCUGGCGCAGGAGGAAUACCGGGAUAUCCAGACCUCAUUCCAACAAGUCCUCCAAGGCUACAAAAACAUGAUACCCAACUUCGAUUCGUUCCUCUCGCAGCUUCCUCCGCCUGUGGCUCAGAAGCUGCGUUCUGUCUACCAAGUCUAA